AUGAUGAGCAAACCCGCCGGCUCAACAAGUGGCUGUCUGGAUAUUCUGAAUGUCAAAUCAAGUCGGAUUCUGGACAUCCCAUGCAAAGUGUGUGGAGACCGCAGCUCGGGGAAACACUACGGUGUUUACGCCUGCGACGGCUGCUCGGGAUUCUUCAAGAGGAGCAUCCGCAGAAACAGGACGUACGUCUGUAAAUCUGGCUCUCAGGGUGGCUGUCCCGUGGACAAAACUCACAGGAACCAGUGCCGAGCGUGCCGUUUGAAAAAGUGUCUAGAAGUGAACAUGAAUAAAGACGCCGUCCAGCACGAGAGGGGUCCCCGGACGUCCACCAUCCGCAAACAAGUCGCCCUCUAUUUCCGAGGCCACAAAGAGGUCAAUGGGUCGUCGACCCAUUUCCCGGGAUCCUCUCUGGCCGGCCCUCCCUUCUUCACCACGGUGACGCAACUGGAGCCUCACAACCUGGAGAUGAGCGCAGUGGCCACCACACCGGAGAGACAGGCCAUCGUGGGUCUGGCACAGCCAACCCCGAAGUAUCCCCAUGAAGUCAGCGGCACUCCCAUGUACCUCUACGAGGUGGCGACCGAGUCUGUGUGCGAGUCCGCGGCGCGCCUCCUCUUCAUGAGCAUCAAGUGGGCCAAGAGUGUCCCCGCAUUCUCCACCCUCCCUUUAUCCGACCAGCUGAUUCUGUUGGAGGACGCUUGGAGGGAGCUGUUUGUUCUGGGCAUUGCGCAAUGGGCCAUCCCGGUGGACUCUUCUACUCUUCUUGCUGUUUCUGGAAUGAACACCGAAAACACAGAGUCUCAGCGGAUGAAUAAGAUCAUGUCUGAGAUACAAGCACUUCAGGAGGUGGUCACCAGAUUCAGACAGAUGCGUCUCGAUGCAACAGAGUUCGCCUGUUUGAAAUGUAUCGUGACAUUUAAAGCCGUUCCGACGCAUGGCAACACUGAGUUAAGAGGUUUCCGCAACGCCAGCGCCAUUGCUGCACUACAAAACAACAGUUACAUUCAUUCACUCACUCUCAACAGUUACAUACACACCAGAUACCCGACUCAGCCGUGUCGCUUCGGAAAGCUGCUCCUGCUCCUGCCGGCGCUCCGCUCGGUGGGCCCGUCCACCAUAGAGGAGGUGUUCUUCAAGAAGACCAUCGGCAACGUGCCCAUCACCAGGCUCCUCUCCGACAUGUACAAGUCCAGCGAUAUAUGA